AGCCAGUGGGUAAAACCUAUCCAGGCGUUGCAAGACCUGGUAUGCGUCAGCAACGCCUGGGCAGAGGAACGCGCCCAAUCUGUUGUAGGCUAUUCGGCCUGUAUGCCAGCGGUCAGUGCUAUCCGUGUUCCUUGGGACGUCCCUACCCUAUAAACCAUAACUCUUACCCAUUUUACGUUUCAACUUCAAUGGUUUAUGGACGUCCCAAGGAUCCCGGAUUGCAUCGGGCCCAAUAUGGGCCCGGAAGUUGUCAGGUAAAAUUUAUAUCCGGAGAUGCUGCCGUCGCCAGAGACAACAAACAGAUAUUCUGACAUUUAAAAACGACAACAAUAGUCGUUCGUCAGUCAGCUGGUGAGAGAAUGAAUGCUGAUGACUGCAAUGGAUUUUCACAUAUGUCAGGCAGUGGAGGAGAGUCGGCAAAGGAGCGAGGUGAUUUCUGUGGAGGUCUGAGGGUUCCAACAUUGACCACUCCAAACUGUAAACAGUCCUCUCCAAACAGAUCUCUUAGUGUGGGCACCAUUAAGGUAGAACUCUACAGUGACAAUGAGUCUGCAGGUUCUCCACAGCCAGAGAGAAGAGAUGGAGAGAGGGAUGAUGGGUGGAGGGAUGACAGAGGGGACAAGACAGAAGAGGGGAGUGGGGUAUGGGGAGGACCAGGAAAGGGUUACGGGGAGCUGGCCAGUCCUCAGCCUGCAUCUGCCGGUCCCAUCCGACUGCCCAAUUGUAAGCUCCAAUGUGACGUGUGUGGAAUGGUCUGCAUCGGGCCCAAUGUACUAACAGUGCACAAACGCAGCCACACAGGUGAGCGUCCAUUCCAGUGUAACCAGUGUGGAGCCUCCUUCACCCAGAAGGGGAACCUGCUGCGCCACACAAAGCUGCACUCUGGAGAGAAACCCUUUAAAUGUCCCUUCUGUAACUACGCCUGUCGCCGCCGGGACGCACUCUCUGGACACAUCCGCACACACACCGUGCCCUCUCUGACAGUGGGUAAACUUUACAAAUGCAGUUACUGUGGUCGUAGCUACAAGCAGCAGAGUACCCUGGAGGAACACCUUGAACGCAGCCACAACUACUUAAAGAGUCUACAGAACAAUCACCCAGCACUCAGCACCGUCCCCACUACACAGGGGGAGGAGUCCCCAGGCAUGGAGCUGAUCCCUGAGCCAGAGCAUGUCCUCCAGCCGUCCACUGAAAAACAGUCCUCCAUACACAGGCUGGUCAACGGCGUCACCAAACGAAAGAGGUCCACACCACAGAAGUUUCUGGGAGAAAAGCACAUGAGGCUCAACAACCGUGAUCUACCUUAUGAACUAUCCCCUGGCCCUGAAGAGGAUAAGAAUGGGGACCUGCACUCUGACCUUGAUGGAGAAGCUGGUGCUACAGGGUUAGCAGGGAUUGGGGGCAGGUUCCUCCGCAAGUGUGGAGGUGGUGAGGACCCUGGGUCUAAGCCCCCUCAACUGGCCCUGUCCUACCCUGCCUGCCUGUCCGACUCCAGCCCAGUCAUCAGCUCUGUUUACAGCCACCGGACUCCUCUGGGUCCCCAGGUCAAUGGUGGAGCUGGAGAUGUGUCUGUGGAGCUCGCUGGACGGGAAGCAGGGGAGGGACACAAGAACGUUCCCUCAGGUCACAGCAACAUCCACAGCCUCACUGUCAGCAACGGCCCCAGCAACGGCCCCAGCAACGGCCCCAGCAACGGCCCCAGCCACGGCUGCCACGAUUUCAAAGACAAGUCAGACACAGAGAGCACAGCAGAGGAGCAGCAGAGCACCAGGGUUACAGCUCCUACCAGAAACUCCAACAACCCCCACCUCCUCCCUCAUCUACAUUACCCAACCCCAGGCCUGCUCCGCAGCCGCACCCAUCUCCGUCCCAACCCCAGCCAGGCCAACGACCCAGACAUAGAAAGGGAGAGAGGAGACAGGGCCUGCCCCGUGCCCAUCGACACUACCAUCCCAACUAGCGUGAAGGGAUCGAGGACCCCCGGUUUAGGGUCACCCUCCAUCUCCAGGGAGGCUUCUAUACAGGUGGUGGACGGGGAGGGGCGAGCGGUGCGGUCAUUCCGCUGUGAGCACUGUCGCAUGUUCUUCCUGGACCACGUGAUGUUCACCAUCCACAUGGGCUGCCACGGCUUCCGCCAGCCCUUCCAGUGCAACGUCUGUGGGCACCACAGCCAGGGCCGUUACCAGUUCACCUCGCACAUCAUCCGCGGGGAGCACCAGGUGGGCUGACGAGUUAAAGGGGAGAUUCGGUCCCAACUUGGCCCUACCCCUUCCCCUUCAAUGUUUACACAAAUCUGAAGGGUCUGGAUUGGGAUAAUCAGUGUACUGGUGGAGCUUUCUCUGUAUUGCUUCUCUGUAUUGCUUCCACCUUACAGAUCUAUUCACAUCAUUAAGGCCAAGGGUAGAGGUGGGAGCGAAUUGGGACUGGC